AUGGGUGAUCUCGAGAACCCGCUUGCCGCCGGCGACUGCGUCGGCAGUGCGUACGCCGACCAGCGCACCAGGCGCAGAAAUCUAUGGUGGGGGAAUCUGCUGUGCGCCGUAAUGCUCGUCGGCUUCUCGUUCUUCCUCGCCUACUUCCAAGUGUACACCCCCGGCCCGGCGGUGUACCUCGCCUCGCGUGUCAUCGGGUAUACCGGCAUGGCCAUCUCCGUGUGCUGGGGACUCUUCCUAGUUCAUCACUGGAACGAGGUUGCUAAAGAGGAACAGAGGAUCAUAGACUCGUUGAUUGCCCGGCGUCGGCGGGAAGGGCCUGCUGGCCGGGGUACCAAGGCGGCGGAGGUGGUGCUCACGGGCUUCACCAUCCUUGGCAACGGCGUCGCCUUCAUCCUCUCCCUGGCGCCCAUCCUCACCUUCUUGGUGCCAAUCUUCAUGGACAAGGGCGUAGGUGACCGGACGUCUUACGGGCAUAUCCUCACGCUCUUCAGCAGUGUCGCCAUGUUCAUGUAUGCACUGCCGCAGUACCCCGACGCCGUCGCGUCUUUGGCGAUCAACGGCGCCUCAACACUACUCCAGCUGAUCUAUGUGGGUGCCUUCGCUUGGUUUGCGGUCGGGACGGUGCGCCGCCAUGCCCUCUACGCACUCGCCCCCGUCCUCCUAGCGUCGGCCGUCCUCCCCUGCCUUGUCUUCACUAAGGUGGUCGGCACACCUUUCGUCUCCUUCGUCGUGGCCAUCGCAGCCUUGCUCGCCUACGGCUUCGCCAUUUUUGACAUGGUGGAAGCAGCAAAUCUGAAGCUGGUGGAUAACAUGGAUCCCUUGUACGAGGUGCUACUGGGAUUUGUCAACGCCAUCACUUCGGGCUUCUGCGCGUCUCUGCAGGCCACACCGGAUCUGUACAUGGCGGUGCCCAACUUCAUUGGAGCCGUGAUCCUGCUCGCCUAUGUGGCCGUGUACAUUGCCCACCGUGAGCCACCAUCCAUCUUCCAUGAUGACGUCCGCAACUUCGGGUUUGAGCUCCGCAAGAUGUUCGAGUCCCCCGUCUAGGAGCUGACGGAGGACUUUGAAAAACUUAUGAGCUUAUGCUAUGCCAGACAUCAUGAGACUUAUAACACUCAUUCAGACAGAGUUAUGCUCCCUUGCGAGCUUAUGUUAAUUCAAAUAUUAUCAUGAG